UGAGAGAGAGACAGGGACAUACACACAGAGAGACAGAGACACAGAAGGAGAGAGACAGACAGGAACAGACAGACAGAGAGAGAGAGAGAGACAGGACGAGAGACACAGAGAGAAAAACAGAGACACUGGCAUAUAGGACAGCCGCCUUAUACAAAUCACGCUUAACGCCACUGCAUCGCCACCUGUGCCAUCGUCUGUAGCAACAUCUGCGCAAUCACCUGGACUGUCAUUAAGGUCACCAUCGGCACCGUCGAUCGCCACAUCAUCAGCACAGUGAUCGGUGUGAUAACUCGAAUCGGGCCUCCGUUAAUCAUCAGCGUCGUGUCGUUGUCAUCAGUAGCAGGGACAACAUCAGCAGGAGGAGCGUACCUUGAGUAAUAACUUUCGGUAACAUUCUCAGCAGCGCCAUCGAAUCUUCAUCAGCACUAUCGUAUCAUCAUCAGCAUCAUCAUCGCUUGCGCUAUAACGCGCAUCAUCAUCAGCACACGGACAUAUCAGUAUCAGCAACAUUAAUCGAGUCGACAUCAUCAGCAGCAGCAGCAUCGUCAUCAACAACAGCAGCGUAACUUGUGUAAUCACCAUCGUCUUCAUCACCAGCAGCAGCAUCAUCACUCCCAACAUCAUCAACACCAUCAUCAGCAGCAGCAGCACCAUCACCUACCUCUCCAUCCCCUUCCCAUCACACGACUACUCACCCGCGUUUGAGACUCCUGGUGAUUCCCAUCACCCCACUCGGCUCGUCGACAUCGGGCGCCACUCAAACUCCCGGACCACGGAGAUAAAGUUCAUCAUGGCCAGCAAGUUAUCCCCAUCUUCUUCUUCUUCUUCGUCAUCAUCAUCAUCGUCGUCGUCUUCGUCUCCGCGUGGUUGUCGCCUGCCCUUGGCGCUGCUCGUGUUGAUGUUGGUGCAGGUGGUGAACCGGGGCCUGUGCGCCUACCCACACUGGUGGUCUCUGGCCGUGGGAAACCAAUACGCGGCUCUGGGCUCCCAGCCCGUGCUGUGCGCCUCCAUCCCGGGCCUCGUGCCCAAGCAGCUGCGCUUCUGCCGCAACUACCUGGAGCUGAUGCCCAGCGUGGCGGAGGGCCUCAAGCUGGGCAUCCAGGAGUGCCAGCACCAGUUCCGCGGGCGGCGCUGGAACUGCACCACGCUCAGCGACAGCCUCGCCAUCUUCGGGCCGGUGCUCGACAAAGCGACACGCGAGUCGGCCUUCGUGCACGCCAUCGCCUCGGCAGGCGUGGGCUACGCGGUGACUCGGGCGUGCGCCGAGGGCGCUUCCGCCAUCUGCGGCUGCGACACGAAGCAUCGCGGUCCCCCCGGGGAGGGCUGGAAGUGGGGGGGAUGCAGCGAGGACGCCGACUUCGGGGUGAUGGUGUCGAGAGAGUUCGCCGACGCGCGCGAGAACCGGCCCGACGCUCGCUCCGCCAUGAACCGGCACAACAACGAGGCCGGCCGCCUGUCCAUCCUGGAGCACAUGCAGCUCAAGUGCAAGUGCCACGGCCUGUCGGGCAGCUGCGAGGUGAAGACUUGCUGGGGCGCGCAGCCCGACUUCCGCGCGCUCGGCGACCACCUCAAGGACAAGUACGACAGCGCCUCCGAGAUGCUCGUCGAGCGCCACCGCGAGUCGCGCGGCUGGGUCGAGACGCUGCGGCCCAAGUACCCCCUCUUCAAGCCGCCCACCGACGGCGACCUCGUCUACUACGAGACGUCGCCCAACUUCUGCGAGCCCGACCCGGAGACGGGCUCGUUCGGCACGCGCGACCGCGCCUGCAACCUCACCUCGCACGGCAUCGACGGCUGCGACCUCCUCUGCUGCGGCCGCGGGCACAACACGCGCACCGAGAGGCGCAGGGACAAGUGCCGCUGCGCCUUCCACUGGUGCUGCUACGUGAGCUGCCAGGAGUGCACACGCGUCUACGACGUGCACACGUGCAAGUAGA